UUGGAAGAUUGUAACUAGAGGAAAAGACCGAUUCCUCUUUCUCUGCCGCGGGAAAGAGAGAUUGAUAGAAUGGCUGAAAUUUCAAGGAGUAGAUCGGUUCGUUUCCUACUGCUUUUCGCUUCCGUUUAUCUACAAUUCACUUCAGGUUUUUCUGAUGACUCCAAAAAUUCAGACAACAGCUCAAAAACAAAUAGUAAUACCGCAGCCAUAAUAGUCAUCGUAUUGUGCAGGUUUGUUGCAGUAGGGUUGAUUUCAUUUUUCCUUUUCAAGUUGUGGCAAAGGAAGAAACGAGAUGAACAAUAUGCCCGUCUUUUGAAGCUCUUUGAAGAAGAUGAUGAACUUGAGUUUGAACUUGGCCUUCGAGAGUGACAGCAUCAUUUGUAAAUUGAGCUCGUCCUAUUUGAGGUGUGUGAGUAAACUUUUUCGGUGGUCCUCAAUUAUUUUGAUUCAGUUGCAUCCCUUGUUUUGUUUGAUGGGAGGAAAUAGUUUCCCAUUACCCAUGUCUGUAUUCUAGUAGUUGAAUACCACGUAAUGAUUGAGUAAAUGGUUAAGGAAGAACAUUUUAAUCCUUUCUACUGAUAUGGAACUUUGAGCUUCAGUAUAAUAUGCACUCCUCAUUCAUGUUUAAAGCUUGAAACUCGAGUUAUAUCCAUAUGCGUCUGUCAGUCUGCUCUUUGAGUUCCUAUCCAUGCAGGAGGGUAGAGAAUGUGCGUCUUUUGUUUGGGCUACUUUUGUUGA